AUGCUCGGGUGUCUCCGAAUGACGAUCGAAGAGUGCGAAAACGCAUACAUCCGUCUUGCCGAGACGAUUUUCAAACCGAAGCGAUGGAAAUACGACUGUUUCAGCCGUGGUCUCGACUUCUUCUCCGCCAGCGAACGGUACGACUCGUCCAAGCUCGAGGAUGUCGCCAAGGCCAUCAUCAAGACGCGGACUGGGAGCGAGGAGGCCCCUCUGCUAGACCUGAAUGAAGACGCCGAAUGCAGAGUGUUUGUUACGACUGUGCAGACGGAAGAUCAUGAGUUAUUGCUGUUACGCUCCUACGAGAACAAGCAAGAAGUCGAUAAGCACUCGAAGCAAUUCCGGCUUUGGGAAGCCCUCCGCGCCACGUCGGCUGCCACGACCUACUUCAAGGAAUAUCGCCGCGGCAAUGCCGGGUAUCUCGACGGAGGAUUGAAGAGCAACAACCCGAUCUUCCAAGUCCACCGCGAGGCUCGCGAUCUGUGGCCGGACAGAGAGGCUUUACUGAUCAGUAUCGGAACGGGAACAAAGCCUUCGGUGCCUCUCAGAGGGAACCUGAUCCGCAUGGCGAGGACCCUCACCAAGCUUGUCACCGAAACGGAGGAGACGUGGAGUCGGUUCAAGGGAACGCAUAAAAACAUGUUGGAAGACAGCCAUCUCUUCCGCUACAGCGUCCCCGGACUUGGCGGCGUGGACUUGGGCAACUACAAGCUGAUGGGGAUGAUUCGGACGAACACGGAACGCCACCUGCGAGAGGCAUCGACGGAGAAGUAUGUGAUGACGUGCGCGGGCAAGGUGGUGGAAAUCGAGACGAAAACCUAUGCGAGCCCCAGACCAAAGAAAGCCGCGCCACUCCGAGUGGAAAAUCUCUCGGACGCCGAGAAAGUCACGGCCUCGGCGGCCGCAAAAGCUGACCCUAAUGCAGACUGCCUGCGGGCCCUCCACGCGACGAGCAGAGACUACGAGAGCCAGAGACUAGGGAUCGAAAAGCCUGUCCCCGGCACCUGCCAAUGGUUCCUCCGGCAUCCCAAGUUCGUCGACUGGCUGCAGGGCGCGUCAUCCCCUCUGCUCUGGGUGACGGCCAACCCCGGCUGCGGCAAAUCCGUGCUAUCGAGCUUCCUCGUCGACGCUCUGGGCCAAAAGGCGAACGAUUCCAUCGUCUGCUCGUUCUUCUUCAAGGCGGGUAUCGAUAGCCGUCGGGACGCGCAUCAGGCCCUAUGUGCUCUGCUUCACCAACUGUUUGUUGUGGUCCCGGAAUUGACCCAGACGGCGAUGGAAGAUUACUCUUGCAAAGACACGUCAUCCUUCACUGGCGACAUUGCAGCGCUCUGGAAGGUUUUCCUCGAAGCCGCUGGCCGGGUCGGCAAGCGUACGAUCGUCUGCGUCGUCGACGCCUUGGACGAGUGCGCAGACGGGUCUCGGAGCCGAUUCAUCGACCAGCUUGUAACGACGUUCCCGUCGCAGUGCCCGCAAGGCAAGGAUGCCAAACUGAAAUUCCUCGUCACGAGUCGACCGUGGCCGAGUAUUGAAACCCGCUUUCGAAACUUGCUCGCCAUCCGCCUCAGCGGGGAGAACGAGCCGUCGGCGCUCUCCCAGGAUGUCGAGAAGGUCGUCGAACAUCGCGUCAGAGAGCUCAAGGAAUCAUCAGUUCUCUCCGCGGAGGCGAGCUCCGUGGUCGCAAAGGUCCUGUCGGACGGGGCUGACCGUACGUUCCUAUGGGUUUCUCUGGUGUUUGACUCCAUUGAACGACUUCAAUCACGGAAGCUCAGCUCCAUCGAAAAGUCUCUGCAGUCGCUGCCGAGCGAUCUCGACCAGCUCUACGGGGGUGCCUGGACAAGCUUCGUCGACCGCGCCGCGUCGCACCGGCUGUUGGGUAUUGUCCUGGCUGCCAAACGUCCACUCAAGCUGGGGGAGCUCAACAUCGCCCUCAGUCUUGCAGACAACACGACGUCUACGGCAGCUCUCAAACACGAGUUGGAGCCCGACGCAGAAUACACCGUCAAGGAGCUCGGAGGCUUCUUCCUGCGCAUCAUCGACUCCACCGUGUUUCUAGUGCACCAAACUGCGCGAGACUUCCUCCUACGCUCCCAAGUAGACGAGUCUGGAAAGGAUGUCACCUCCAGGAUUGACCUGGGCCUGGCAGAGCACAGCCUCGCAAAAACCUGCAUCAGCUACCUCUCGUUGGAAGAUCUGCCGAUAAGACUGACGUUGCCGACGGAUGAAGAAGAAAGACUCGCGUCGAACAAAGCUUUCCUCGCCAAGCUUCCGCCUUGGGGAAGGAGUUUCUAUGAAUAUGCUUCGACCAGUUGGAUGUCGCAUCUUCCGGGCCACAAUGUGUUCGAGUCCAAGUCCAGCAUAUACCAAAGUGUCGAGUUGAUUUGCGAUUCCUCCGGGCCAUACUUCGACGGUUGGUGGUUUUUUUACGUCGAGAAAAGGUUCUUCAUAGACAAGGAAGCCAAGUAUCCCACAGGCUACAUCGGUUGCCAUGCACACUAUUCUACAAUGAGAGGCGACCACGCUGUCACGCGGGGUCUCUUGGAGUCGGGAACAUGCGAAGCAGGCCAGAGCAUUGCAAACCACCCAGAUUUGCUGUCGGAAACGUGUCGGAGAGGACACGUGGAACAGCUUGAAUGGAUACUGGGGAGUUUUGACCAUUCGACGCUCGAUCUCCACAGGUCGUUGGGGUUCGCGGCGAGCUUGGGCAUGAUCGAGGCCGUCCAGCUGAUUCUCACCACAGAGGUGCAGGUCAACACGUCUAAGCACGGGUCACCAUCGAAGGAUCGGCCUCUUGCCGAGUAUGCCCUCCAUUCACGCCCCAUUCUUGAACUCCUUUUGGACAGGGGGCUCCUCAUCCGCGGCGAGGACAUUGUGAGCGCAGCCAGACAGGGUCACGAUGAAUCUCUGGCCCUUAUCAUAGACCGCGCGCCCCGGGACGUUGAUGACAUAACAGCAUACCUCCGGAAAGGAUUGGCUCUGGCGACAGAGAACGGCUACCCACGUUGCCGAACCAGGAUUCUAAAGCAUCUUCCUCGAAGCGCCGCUGACGAUCUCGACCUGUCUGUGGGAUUGGUGCCUGCGGUUGAGCGUAACGACCACAACAGCGUCCGUGAGCUACUUGCCAUGGGUGCAACAGUGAAUGAUAACGAGGGCCUCAUGCUCAGCUGCUCCUUUGGACACGCAGACACCGCAAAAGCACUAACUGACGGCCACAUUUACCCAGACGAGGUGCUUGGAGAAGCACUGAUGUCGUUCUACGACAUGUACAUGGCGCCCGAUUUGAAGCUUCACUGUCUCCAGGCUGUAUCGAGGGCUAUCGAGUGUCGAGGGGCUCUUCACGAAGGGUUCAAGUUCGUCCCCAAGUUUGGGCUCAGCUUCGAAGAAAGCACGGAGCUCCUCGGACUGUUUUCAGCCAAGGGCGUCCGCGUGGCUCGCCGCAGGUUUGUCGAGGCGACAGCAUUGGUUAUCGCCAUGGACGAAAGUUUCGGUCUCUGGUUGGUAGAAGCCACGGAUGGACUCCAAGACGACUCGACUUUCACAGCCAAAGACUUCUUCCCUCUGGCGUGCUUCUGGGGUCGGAGCUCGAUCGUCCGGCAGCUGAUAACUCGUGGAGCCGACGUCAACAGACAGGAUGACUGUGGCAUGACUCCUCUCAUGGCUGCCAUAGCAUCUGGAAGCCCGGAUGUGGUCGAGUUGCUUCUUCGGGCCGGGGCCAAGUCGGAUCGGCAUUGCCAGCUAGGGUCCCGAUCGGGGCCAGUGUCGGACGUCGACUCGGAGUUGGACGAUUUGUACGCACAGGUCGCCAAGGGACUUUGUUGCGAGAGGCUGCGAGGCACACCCCGAUCUUUCGCGCAGGACCUCGGACAUGGGGACAUGGUGGAGUUGUUUGAUAUGUAUGGCAGUGAAGUGGAGCGCCCUUGA